UGGGAAUCCUAGAAAGAGGAGGGGAAUACCGAACGCUCCAGGAGGAGCUUAGAGACCACCAGUGAGACCUGAGAAAUUUGCGUUGGCAAAGCCCUCCGGUGGAUUUCAGGAGAUUCCUACUCCUUAACUUCCCCCUCCACCCCUUCCCCUCCGACGAUAAUGAUUAAACCCGAUCCACCGCGCCUGUGCUGGGUCUCGGGCGAAGAGCACUGCUAGCCUGCGCGGGGGAGGAGAGAGAGGAGGGCGAGAGGAGGGGACAAGAGAGCUAGCGGUCCCGCCCGGUGAUGUAGGCAGCCCGGGGAGGUGGAGCCGCGACGCCUGAAGGAGUCCCCACCGCAGUCGCGCUCUCUCGGUCCACCCCUCCGAGCAGCCAGCCGCCAGCCCCGGCUCCGGCGACCUCCCUGCCGCCGCAAUUUGGGCGGCGGGGAGCGUGGGAUCCCCCCUAUUCGGGCCUGGGGGGCGUCUCCUCCCCGCCCAUCCCCUGCCCCUCCUUGCUUCCCGGACGGCUGGAGCGACUCCCGGGGGACGCUGUUCCCGGACGCUCGGCCGCCGCCCGGGCAUCUCGGCUGCCAGCCCGGCUGGGCACCGGGCAUCUGCGAAGCUAGCUAGCCCUGCCUGGCAUCUCUGGGAACCGACUGUCUCCGGCGCCGCCCAGCUUCUCGAAAGCCCGGGGCCGCGGGCUUCUGCGCGCCCUCCCUUCCCCCGGCCGCCGGGCAGGACGCCCGUGAGCUCGCGGCGUCCCCAGCCCCUCUGGGCGCCGCCGCGAUGCUGCCGUGGAGACGUAACAAAUUCGUGCUGGUGGAGGACGAGGCCAAGUGCAAGGCGAAGAGCCUGAGCCCGGGGCUCGCCUAUACGUCGCUGCUCUCCAGCUUCCUGCGCUCCUGCCCGGACCUGCUGCCCGACUGGCCGCUGGAGCGCCUGGGCCGCGUGUUCCGCAGCCGGCGCCAGAAAGUGGAGCUCAACAAGGAGGACCCGACCUACACCGUGUGGUACCUGGGCAACGCCGUCACCCUGCACGCCAAGGGCGACGGCUGCACCGACGACGCCGUGGGCAAGAUCUGGGCGCGCUGCGGGCCGGGCGGGGGCACCAAGAUGAAGCUGACGCUAGGGCCGCACGGCAUCCGCAUGCAGCCGUGCGAGCGCAGCGGCUCUGGGGGCUCGGGGGGCCGCAGAUCGGCGCACGCCUACCUGCUGCCGCGCAUCACCUACUGCACGGCGGACGGGCGCCACCCGCGCGUCUUCGCCUGGGUCUACCGCCACCAGGCGCGCCACAAGGCCGUGGUGCUGCGCUGCCACGCCGUGCUGCUGGCGCGGGCGCACAAGGCGCGCGCCCUGGCCCGCCUGCUCCGCCAGACCGCGCUGGCGGCUUUCAGCGACUUCAAGCGCCUGCAGCGCCAGAGCGACGCGCGCCACGUGCGCCAGCAGCACCUCCUCGCGGGGGGCGCCGCCGCCUCUGUGCCCCGCGCCCCGCUGCGCCGGCUGCUCAACGCCAAGUGCGCCUACCGGCCGCCGGCCGCCGAGCGCGGCCGCGGGGCGCCGCGCCUCAGCAGCAUCCAGGAGGAGGACGAGGACCAGGACGAGGAGGCGGAGGAGCGCGAGGAAGGAGCCCCCCAGAGCGAGCGGCCGGAGGUGCUCAGCCUGGCCCGGGAGCUGAGGACGUGCAGCCUGCGGGGCGCCCCGGCGCCUCCGCCGCCCUCGCAGCCUCGCCGCUGGAAGGCCGGCCCCCGGGAGCGGGCGGGCCAGGCGCGCUGAGAGCCGAAGGGACAGGACUUGCGGCCCCAGACCCGGCCGGCCUGACUUACAGCCUCUAACCCCGGCCCUGACCGCUACGGCUCCCCCUGGUACCCCGGCCCUUGCCUCCCUCGUGGUCUCUGUUGUCCGCUCGAGCCUCGUCCUGGCUCACGGUGACGCCUGACACGCCCUUGUAUUGGGGAACCAGAUGGGGGAGAAACAGGAUUCAGUGCUCACCUCUCCCCCCACCUGAGUCUCCCGGAGCCCUCCAUUGUGGAUUUGCCCCCUACGCUUCACACCAAGUCUCCUUACCCAUAGACCACGCCCUCCCUCCCCAAACAUCCUCUCAAGAGAAGUGGGGGAGACCGUUUCCAGAAAUCCAGGAGGGUGGCCUUGGAUCUUGGCCAGGUGGAGGCAGUGGUCCUGCCCUUGACCAGACUAGCCUUCCUCCCUGGGAUGAGACCAACGCUGGGGAGGCAUUCUUGUAGGGGGAAGAGUAAGUAGCCCCGGAGAAUUGAGGCCGGGCCCAAAGUGGCAACUGAGUCCGCUGCCAUACACACAAGGAAGACUUCUCUAUGCCUGGCCUCUCUACCCCUUGGAGGACUUCUGGGACUUCACUCCUCUGGCUCUGGAGAAGACUGGGACGUUCCUACCAACCCCAACCACAGGCUGGGCCAGGUAACAGCUCCCUGCACCAGAUGGCUGUCCAAGCCUGUGCCCUGGCACCUGCCACCCGCCACAGGACUCCUCACCCACCCCAUCUUUCUGCAUACCGAUGUGUGUGGUUCCCCCCUAGGCGCCCCACAACCAGGACCAAGACGAGGCCUCCAGAGGAGGUGAGGAGGACCUCUGGCAGUGCUUGAGGACACUGGCUACCCAGAAAAUGGACACAGGAGGGAUGCCCCCAAGUUGAGGCUUGUCAGAGCGUGAGGGUCCUGACAGCAGCUGGAUUCUCAUAGCAGGAUGAGGCAGGAGGAUGCGGGAACCCAACAGAGAGAGCGGGCCCCUGCCCACGUGUCUCUCAGCAAGGCCACCAAAAGCCCAAAGAUCUAUGUGUCACCAAAUGAUCACUGUAAAUAAAGUGUUCCUGCUUUUUCAGCCUGUCACCACUCCUGUGUUGUGUUUGAUGCCAGGCCUGCUGGGGGUGAAAAGAUUAUCAUCAGAACCUUAAAGGGCAGGAGAAGACCCCUGGAAGUAUCCCCUUUAGCAGCUGGAGCCAACUCUCAGGAUAUGGGGGGACGAAGGGGCUGCUGCCAGGAAGCUGUUCCCUUCAUGUCGGGAAAGGAGACAGUAGCAGGUGCACAUCACCUGUGCCAAGCCUGGAAGGGGUGUCAGCUGUCUGUCUCGGCGUCCCGGAAUGUCUCUCUGCCUGGGCACCAAACACAAGUGUCUCUGGGACAUUGGGCAGGGAGGGGUCACUGGGCUGGGGCCUUCUCAUCAGCCAUGUAUCUUUGAGAAGAUUCAUGUGUAUGCAUGUCAAAGCAGGUGGUAUUUGCUGGGUCUCCUCAAGGAUGUAAGGGAGAGGGGUGGGCAACCCAGUUUGCUUUCAGAGGAGCUGGAGAGAUCUGUCCAGACCAUUAUAACAGCAGGAGUCCUGAGCUUGGAUAUCUUCUUUACUUCUGUGCUGAGCUGGGCACUGAUCCCAGAGUUGUCCAGAGCCCAGAUGAGUGGCCUCUGCAAUCACCAGCAAUCAGGCUUGUUCUGCUUCCUGGAGCUGCUGGAACAGAGGGGGAUUUGUUGGUGUUUCUCCCCAUAUGCAGAAGGAGAGAAGGAAGUGGGAAGAUGUCAGCCCCGGGAGAGGAGGAUGGGCUCCAACGCAGCCUCUUGCGUUAGAGACAACCUCACCCAGCAACAAGGUCAUAAACACACCCUCUUUAAUCAGAUGCUUGCGGCAGAAAUUUACUAAAUGCCUGCCUUGGGACAGGCACUAAGCUAGGUCCUAGCGGUCCAGGAGUCCCUUCCCUGUGCCUCUUAUAUUCUCAAGUGAAAUGCAUAUAAUUAAAGGAACACUUGCAAUAUAAUAAUUCACGAGCACGCUCCCAGCCUUAGCCUCUGCUCCUCCACGCUUCUCUGGCAGCCUCCCAAAACAUAGACACACACACACACAGACACACACACACACAGAACUGCCUUCUUCCUUUCCUUGCUCACAGUAUGCUCGCUAGACCUGGAGUUAGAAGACCAGAGUGAAAGGACUGUCCCUGCCUCCUUACCAGCUGUAUGAUGUUGGGCAACUCACUCAGCCUCUCUGAGCCUCACCGUUAUCAGUGGUAAAAUGGGAG